AUGUCCAUCUCCUCCGAGGCCAUCUGGGCCGCUUCUCCAACUACAACACGAGGCACACCGACUCCCCUCUCCAGCGACGCCAAAGGAGAACGAAUUGCCUAUGCCUCCAACAAAUCAAUCUUCGUACGAUCAAUCGACGACCCGGCAGUCUCCAAGCAAUACACGCAACAUACCGCUCAGACCACAGUAGCACGGUUCUCGCCCUCCGGCUUCUACGUAGCAUCCGGCGAUGUCUCUGGUAGCGUCCGGGUAUGGGAUAGCAUUGGUGCUGAGAACACGAAAGGAGAGUAUCACAUCAUUGCUGGCCGAAUAAAUGAUAUUGCGUGGGAUGGUGAUAGUCAGAGGAUCAUUGCGGUUGGUGACGGCAAAGAGCGGUUUGGACACUGCAUUACUGCGGACUCUGGUAACAGCGUGGGAGAAAUCAGUGGACACAGUCAGCAGAUCAAUUGCGUGACCAUACGGCAGCAGAGGCCGCUAAGAGCAGCAACUGGUAGUGAUGACACGCAAAUGUGCUUCUUCCACGGUGCACCGUUCAAGUUCAACACCAGCGUUAGAGGCAAGCACGACAAGUUCAUAUACGGCACCCAAUUCUCGCCAGAUGGUAACAGCUUAGUCACUGUCGGAAGUGAUAAGAAGAUCUGGCUGUACGAUGGAAAGACGGGAGAGGUGCAAAAGCAGAUUGGAGAGGGAGAGCACAAGGGUAGCAUCUUUGGCGUGAGCUGGGCAAAGGACAGCAAGAAAUUGGCGACAUGCAGUGGUGAUCAGACAGUCAAGAUAUGGGAUGCGGAAGUGGGCAAGGUUACACAGAGCUGGCGGUUUGGCGGCGACAGCGUGUCGAUACAAGAUCAGCAGGUGGGCGUGACAUGGCCAAGCGGCAGAAGCGAUGGUCUGCUCCUUUCCCUGGACCUCGAAGGCAACCUCAACUACCUGCAAGAAGGUAACGACAAGCCGGUAAAGGUUGUGCGAGGCCACCAGGGACGCAUCACAUCUGCAUCACCUUCGCAGGACGGCAAGACCCUAUGGACCGGCAGCUAUGAAGGUCGUGCACGAGCAUGGGAUCUGAGCUCUGGAGCGGCGGACAUUGUCGAUGGCGAGAUGCACUCAAAUUACGUCACAGGCAUAGCAGCUGCACCUAAAGAAGGACGUAUCUACAGUGUCGGCUGGGACGACACCUUGCGAACAGUAGACUCCUCUCAGCGAUCUUUCACUGGAAACGCGAUCAACACCGAUGGCCAACCAAAGGGUGUUGCUGUUGCUGCUAUCAAUGGUAAAGAACACACCGUUGUCGUGACCGCUACGGGCGUCACCACCUUCGCAGAUGGCAGCGAAGUCUCAAAGCAGAAGACGCCCUCGCCGCCAACCUGUAUCGCAGCGCAUGGCGAGACAGUCGCCGUUGGGUCAGACGACAAGACGGUACGACUCUUCAAAGCAGCAUCUCCCGCCUCAUUCGACGACAUGACUACCCUCAAGGACGCCACAUCACCAAUCUCAGCUCUUGCAUUCUCGCCUGAUGGCUCUCACCUCGCUGUCGGCCUGGCGAACGGCAAGAUCUUCGCGUACAGCAAUACUUCCGGUUCGUGGACACUCGAGACGAAUCGCUGGUCGGCGCAUACAGCUCGCGUUACUAGCAUAGCAUGGUCGCCUGACAGCAAGAAGGCCGUGAGUGGUGCACUGGAUACGAAUGUCUUUGUCUGGAGCUUAGCCGAUCCCGGCAAACGUGUCAAAGCCAAUAAUGCACACAAGGAAGGCGUAGGUAGUGUUGCUUGGACUGAGGACAGUCAGGUCAUUAGUUGUGGCGCCGAUGCUGCUGUCAAGGUGUGGAAGGUGCUGGGCGUGUCAUGA